AUGGCAGACUCGCAAGCAAGGGAACAGACCAACACACUGGUAGUGGGGAUUUCCGGCCCCUCCUCCAGCGGGAAAACCACCCUCGCCCGCCUCCUGCAGCGGAUCUUCUGCGGGGUGGAUAUGCAGCCGAGCUCAGGAACAGGCAGCACGGAAAAUAAAUUGAAUACAUUCAUUAUUCAUGAAGAUGACUUCUAUUACCCCGAUGACCAAAUCCCCUACACAACCACGAAAUCCGGCGAAAGAAUCCAAGACUGGGAUACAGCCGAUGCAAUCGACACCAGUUUCCUCGCCCAGGCACUAGCCUAUGUCCGUCAACACGGAAAACUACCACCAAGGCUGCAGAGCAAAGAAGACCAAAACGACAAGACCGAUUCCGGCGUCGAGGACGGAUUAGUACAAGACUUAAGAAGGCUUGUCGGUGAACGACUUGGGUCUGGCACCGGCACCGAGUCCCAAAAACCAAAAACCAUUGCUUUCAUGGAAGGAUUCCUUCUAUAUUCCGCGCCCGAUGCCAACAAAGACAAAAGUCCACUUCGCGUCGUCCAAGACCAGAUUCACCUACCGCUUUUCUUGCCAGCUUCGUAUACGAAUGUGAAGACUCGUCGUGAAGCUCGGAGUGGGUAUGUUACUAUUGGACCUGUGCCAGAUGCACCGGAGCCUGAAACGAAAUCGAGCCUAGGAUCCAAGGGCGAACCCAUAGACCUCGAAGCGGAAGAUGAUCGUCCGCCUCAAAAUUUCUGGGUCGAUCCGCCUGGGUACGUGGAUGAUAUUGUUUGGCCGCGGUAUGUGGAGGAUCAUGCGUGGUUGCUUAUUGCUGAUGAAGGUGUGGAGGGUGGUUUGGUGGAGAGGGUUGGGGAAGGGGUGGAUGUUAGGGCUGAUGCUGGUGUGAGGGUUGCGCCGGGGCGGGGGAAUUUAGGCAUGGAUGUUGUUUUGAAGUGGGCUGUUGAGGAGGUUCUGGGAUUCUAUGCUGGGUUGUAA